AUGGGAGGUGUUCAUAAUCAGGUCAUCGACGGGCUCAAUGAGGUGGACGUGAUCAUUGCAGGGGGUGGCACGGCUGGCUGCGUUCUAGCCGCGAGGCUCAGCGAUGCAGACCCAGAGUUAUCCAUUCUGGUUGUGGAAAGGGGACCUAACAACUUGGACGACCCUACUGUCACGAACCCGCUGUUCUUUAUUGAGAACAUCCUGGGCCUGGGUGCGUCUAACCCGCGGAUGAUGGCUUACAAGGGCCAGGCAGAAGAAGCAAUCGCGGGGAGGGCCAUGACCGUACCCGCGGGUAGCAUCUUGGGAGGUGGUUCAUCCAUCAAUAUGUUAACUUACACGCGUCCGCAGAGAGGUGAUUUGGACGACUGGAACAUGCCUGGAUGGUCGUCGGAAGGCAUGAUUCCGUACAUGAAGAAAGAUUUUGACACCAACCAGGCCAUUCAACGCAACCUUCGAUACAUCAGUGAGGAUGGCGUCCGUCAGGAUGCAGCUCACGCGUACGUACACCCGCGUCUGCACGAUGGCAAGCACCCCAACCUCCAUAUCCUUGUGGAACAUGAGGUUGUCCGUGUCUCUUCGGAGGACGGGAAGGCUAAUGGUGUCGUUCUUCGAGGCACUCCUGGGAUCAAGGAUCUUACAGGAACUCAUGAGAUCGCGGCCAAGAAGCUGAUUGUUGUGUCGGCUGGUGCACUUGGUACACCCUUGUUGCUCGAGCGAUCCGGUAUUGGCCACCGCGACAAGUUGACCAAAGCCGGCAUUGAUGUCUUCUCACACGUGCCUGGAGUGGGCGAGGAGUUUCAGGACCACAACACCAUUCUUCUGUCAUACUAUACGAGUUUGACGGCCAAUGAGACGUACGACGAUCUACUAAACGGGCGGACAACCUUUAAGGACAUGCUUGAGAACGACCAUGAUAUGCUCGCCUGGAACGCCGCCGAGAUCACCUCCAAGAUUCGCCCGACUGAAAAGGAGAUCGACGCCAUCCUACGAGGGGAUGCUCGCUCAGUCUGGGAUGAAAUCUUCGAAAAAAACGUCAACAUGCCCGCGGCCACCAUAUCAACCUGCAAUGGGUUCAUUGGCCCCAUUCCAGAGGAGGACAGGAGCGAGCGCUUCCUCAGUACGGGUUCAUUCCUGUUGCACCCCUUGGCCCGUGGCCACGUCCACGUUACAUCCUCUGACCCCGAUGCCGAGAUCGAUUUGAAAACAGGCAUCCUAACCGAUAAGGCUGGAUUCGACCUUGCAAUGGCCAUGUGGUUGUAUAAGAAACAGCGCGAGAUUGUCCGUCGCCUCGACGUCUAUCGAGGCGAAUGGCCUGCGAUACACCCUCCAUUCGCCAAUGACUCGGCUGCGGUGGCUAAGAAGAGGGACGGCCCUCUACCAACACCUGUCGAGGACAUAGAGUAUUCGACAGAAGAUGACAAGGUGCUGGAAAAGUGGAUCACGGAGAACCUCGCACAGAACUGGCACGGCAUUGGCACGUGCAAGAUGGCGUCGCCUUGCGAUGGCGGCGUCGUCGACGAAAAUCUGAGCGUCCACGGCGUAGGACACCUCAAGAUCGCUGAUUUGAGCAUCGUUCCCCAUAAUCUCGCCGCCAACACAGCAAUAAUGGCAUUCACUAUUGGGGAGAAGGCGGCUGAUAUCAUCGCAAAGGAGCUCAAGCUGUAA